AUCGGAUCCCCAAAAGUACGAGCGGGAGAUGCUCUGCCCAAUUUUGAGGAUUACCGUGAGCAAUCAAUGCUGCUUUCAGCUGUCGAUGGAAACGCUCGACUAAACCGUUGGCACACGGGUGCUUUUGACGUAUCUGUUGUGAACCUCAGUGAUGUACAUAUCUAUGAGGCAGCAGCUAUGAAUUUUUCUGUUCCAGUUAAAGGAUCUGUGGGACUUGUCAGUAUUUCCCCUGAUUGCAGUUAUGUGGCGUCUGCUUCCCAUAAUAGGAUCACUCUGCGAACCAUAUCUGCUGUUCAGGUCUCACGAACCUUCACCUGCAUCGAUGUUGUUAGUCAGUUUUCGUGGUCUCCAGAUUCCCUAUUCAUCUUAUGUGUUCUACGGAAACGGGGGACUACUCAAAUUUUGUCCAUUGAAAACCCUGAGUGGAAAUGCAGGGUCGAUGAGGGACCUAUAGGCUUACUGUCGGCUACUUGGGCUCCGGAUAGCCGCCACUUUCUAACCAUUAGCGACUUCCACCUCAGAGUCACCGUUUGGUCUUUGUCUGAGGUUUCAAUUUCUUAUUUGAAAUACGUUAAGGCUUGUGAAAAUAAUCUCGGCUUCUCGCCUGGUGGUCGGUAUCUCGCUCUCUUGGAACGUCGCCAGUUCAAAGACCAUCUCAGUUUACUGGACUGUGAGCGCGACUGGACCCUGGUACGCAACAUCCAGUUGGACACGCAGGAUGCUGUUGGUCUGUUGUGGUCACCUGAUGGCCGUUUCAUUGUGAUUUGGGAUGAAUGUUUGCGCUACCGGGUAGCGGUCUACACUAUGGAUCUUCGUCAUAUACGGUCGUAUAGUGCAUAUGAAACAGGACAAGAUCUGCUGGGUAUAAAGUCGGUGUGUUGGUCUCCGACGGGGGAACUGCUGGGUAUCGGGAGCUAUGAUCAGAAGUGUCGCAUACUGAUCAAUUUCAAUUGGACUUGCUUGGCCACUCUGACGCACCCAGUGGACAAAGCUAUCAACCCUACUCUUGGACUUAGCCCCACCGGUGGUAUUAUCAAUGUGGACGGGGACGCAUGUGUUGAUAAUACUGAGGUUGAUGGUCCUAGCUACCGUCCUCACCGAGUUGACGCGUACGAAGAACAGCGCAAAGAAGACUCUGUCGGAAUGAACAUAUCUUUGGAUGGUAUACGAAAGACAGAGCGAACUGGUGUCCUCUACUGUCUGUUACACGAACCCUUUGUCAUCCAAUCUGUUCGACCAGACCCGAAGAUCCCUUUUCCUAAGAUUGGCAUCGGGCUGAUUGCGUUCUCAACAGAUGGGCGAUUUUUGGUCACCCGAAACGAUAACGCUGCACACGCGGUGUGGAUUUGGUCUAUCGAUCAUCGACUGAGCCUUUUCAGUGUGCUUAUCCACAGCAGUGGUCAAGUUACUGCCCUGGCUUGGGACCCUACUUCACCUGCCCGAUUAGCUCUGUGCACUGGUUCUGAUUGUCUAUUCAUGUGGACACCUCAAGGAUGUUUGGCUGUGGAGACACCAUCACACUUCAACUUUACUGUGAACACACUAUCCUGGCUGUCAUCGGGUGAUGGGAUAUUACUCCAGUCUGACACCCACUUUUGUAUUUGUUAUCUGGAAGCAGACCAAGAAAGUCCUGUUACCCACAAACCGUUAUGGCGGCCACCACGUCAGACCACAUUCCCUAGUGGGCUCAACAUUGACUUGGAUUCAUCACUCCCUGUCGGGGUUUUUGGAAAUUGUUCGCUUCUCGACGACUCUCUGUUAGAUGGUCCGAAGUGGUUGAGACAGCAUAACUCCCAAGGUGCAGGACGCCGCCGUAGUUCCUCUUUUCAACCUGCAGCCAGUGGAUCACAAGAACCGAUUCCCUACCGCCAACCAGACACACGUGCCACGUCUGUCUCGUCAUCCAGUGGACGCCAAGCUUGGCUCCCCACUGAGUGUCCUCCUCCGAAACCAGUGAACAUGGAUCGGUAAAAUUAUCAAGCUAACUUUAUAGUUUAGCUGCUUCACAGCCGUCCUCUCCUUAGUGUUCUUUUUACGUUGUACGGCUGUGAUCAUUCCACACCCCAAAAUUGUACAACAUUCCCAAGGAUGAGAACCUAUACCUUCGCAUUUUUUUCGUACACAGUUUCCUCAUUUCCCUAUGUAUGAUAUUAAUAUUCAUCAUCACUUCAGUGACUUUUGGUUAACUCGUAGUGCAUGGAUGUAAUUCCG